AUGGGUAGGUGGGUUUUACUACUACUAGUUACAGUGGCUGCAGCGGAUGAUGGAGUGUUCGACAUCAGGUACCCCAGCGUAGUUGUUGCAGCCCAGGAUGACGGUAACGUGUCCCUACAGUCUGGCCGUACCACCAAUGACUUGUACUUACUACCCGGACAGAACGGAGGCACUGUGUCCUUGGGGGGCGAGGACCUCCUCCACAUCAUCCAGAUUGCUACAAGCCUCCCUCCUGUGUGGUCUGCGCAUGCCCACGUUGGAUUCUUCGGUACCUUUAAAGGAGAGGAGAAGGUUAACAUAAAACUAGAAGCAGAGGACCCCGAGGGCGGAACCUUGACUUUUGCGCUUGUUGCCGGAAAUCUCCCGCCAGGUAUCACGCUGAACGGAACUACCGGUCUUGUGGUGGGGGUGGUUCCGGAUGUAACUAGAAGUUACUCAUUCACCAUCCGGGCACUAGAUUUCCAUAACAAAUACGCGGAUGCAGUUUUCAAGAUGGAGACACUAAAAUUUGACCACUGCUCCACUAGCCCUUGUCUACAUAACGGAGAGUGUACAGACACGACGGGAGGGUUCACCUGUAACUGUACGACUGACUACGGCGGUCAGAAGUGUGAACAUGUUUGUUUGAACAACGCUGUCAGCAUACAAAGCCGUAGUGUGAUACCCGACGCCCAGAUGACUGCCUACCUUACCUCCAGUACAUAUCUAGCCUCCAAUGGUCGAUACGGGGCUAGCGGCUACGGUUGGUGUGGUACGAGUACCAAUUCAUGGCUGCAGGUAGAUCUAGGUAACAUGACCACGAUCUACAAAGUAACGACACAGGGCUAUUACAGAACUCAAUACACCUCUUCCUACACACUGUCUUAUAGCACUGAUGGCAACACCUUUCACAAAGUCAACGACACGAACGGGAACGAACAUACAUUCUCGGCGAAUACUGCCGUGCUUACCUACACCCUACCAACACCAACCGUAGCCAGAUUUAUACGUUUCCAUCCGAAGUCAUUUAUAAGACUUCCGUGCUUAAAGGUGGAACUAUACGGAUGCCGUGUGUACCACAUUUCUGAAUGACUGUUUGUACAUUGAAAUAAAAGAUAA